AUGGCGACUCCCUAUGUAACUGACGAGACCGGCGGCAAGUACAUCGCUUCAACACAGCGACCUGACGGGACCUGGCGAAAGCAGCGGAAGGUGAAAGAAGGCUAUGUGCCCCAGGAGGAGGUCCCAGUGUAUGAGAACAAGUAUGUGAAGUUUUUCAAGAGUAAACCAGAAUUGCCCCCCGGCCUGAGCCCAGAGGCCACUGCCCCCGUCUCCGCAUCCAGGCCUGAAGGCGGUGAGCCAGCCCUCUCCAAGACCGCCAAACGCAACCUGAAGCGGAAGGAGAAGAGGCGGCAGCAGCAGGAGAAAGGGGAGGCGGAGGCCUUGAGCCGGACUCUUGAGAAGGUGUCCCUGGGAGAGACAGCCCAGGUCCCCAGCGCCCCACAGGCCUCCCGGGCGGCGCCCGCGGCCGCCUCAGAGCAGCCCGACUCAGCCGCCACCACUGAGAAGGCCAGGAAGAUAAAGAGCCUGAAGAAGAAGCUUCGGCAGGUGGAGGAGCUGCAGCAGCGGGUCCGGGCUGGAGAGGUCAGCCAGCCCAGCAGAGAGCAGCUGGAGAAGCUGGCGAGGCGGAGGGCCUUGGAGGAGGCGCUGGAGGACUUGGAGCUGGGCCUGUGA